UAACUUUGACUUGUAAUGCAGUAUUAGACUGGUAGUUUGUUCUCAUGAUAUAUGUUUUUAAUUCCUGCUCACAAGCCCUACAAAGAGAACGAGUGAUUGCGGGUUUGUCGUAACUAUAUAUAUAUAUUUUUAACAACAUUACUAUUUUGUUUUUAUUAAAUGAGGGGACAAUGUACAAAAGACGGAACCAAACCAUAUUUUGAGGAUUGUUUCCAGGAAAUGUUUAUGCUGACCGUGCUUUCUGUAAUUUCCCCACUGAGGGACUAAUAAAGGAUUUACAACAACCCGAAACCCGUGUUACGCAACCGGUCUGGAAGCUCACCUGUUGGCUGAGCGGCUGAGGUGGGGCGUUCAGGUACUGCUCCUGGCUUCCAACGCACACAGACACAAAAUGGAGCGGACGCUACCUGGCUGAGGACAACUACAGUUACUCUGAAUGUUAUGCACGAGCUGAAGUUGUAUUCGUGUAGUUAAGGAAGUCAUCAUAAGACAGGUCGACUGAAACCCCGAGGAGAGAGGAUUCAACAUGUUCUGGACGUUAAUCAUCGCGGCCUUAAUGGCAACAGAGACCACCACGGCCAUCUCGGUCCAGUGCCCCACCAAGAGGUACGUCGUCAUCCUCUUCCAGCCCGUCACCCUCAUCUGCAACUACCAGACAACCGCCACCACGCCUCCUGUUGUCACGUGGAAGUACAAAUCAUAUUGCCGCGACCCCAUCCAGGCUGCGUUCAAUCCCAGCAGUGCAGAGAGCAUCCUGUCCCAGAACAACCCCAACUACGACGCCAACAUCGAGUGUGCCGACAGCCAGAGGACGGUGCGCAUAGUGGCCUCCAAGCAAGGCAAUGCUGUUACCUUCGGCUCGGAAUACCAGGGUCGCAAGAUGAGCAUCCUAAACAAUGCAGACCUGAAUAUCGCACAGACGGCAUGGGGCGACAGCGGAGUCUACGUCUGUUCUGUGAUCUCUUCCCAGGACCUUUCUGGGAACAGCGAAGACUACACCGAGCUAAUUGUCCUCGAGAGAAAGUCAAAUACUACUGACCUCCUGCCUGGCAUUGACUUACUGGUUAUGGAAGACUGGCUCCUUGUUGUUUUGGUGGUUUUUGGCUUCUUGCUGCUGCUGCUCCUGAUCGGGAUCUGCUGGUGCCAGUGCUGUCCACACACCUGUUGUUGCUACAUCAGUUGCCCCUGCUGCCCCGAACGCUGCUGCUGCCCACGAGCAUUGUACGAAGCAGGAAAGGCAGUGAAGAAAGGUGGUGUGCCAAUGAGUCAAUAUGCUCCCACCCUCUAUGCUCCCAGUAUGUAUGCUCAGCCAGCGUACGGUGGCCAUCCUGGCAUGCCCAUGCUUCCUCUGCCCAACGGAGCUGGACCGCCACCUCCCCUGAAUGGUUACAGCCGUGACUAUGAAGGCGCCAGCUCGGUUGGACAGGGCUCCCAGGUGCCUCUGCUGCAUGACCAAAACGGGGGAGGGGACCACACAGCUCGGAGUGGGUAUCGUAUCCAGGUAGACCCCGAUGGGAAUGCCACACGUGCCAUUUACUAUAUGGAGCGGGAGCUGGCCAACAUGGACCCUUCCAGACCGGGCAACUACAACCGCUUGGAUAAUAUGACCGAAGUCAGUUCCCUGCACGAUAGUGCGGAUCCUCGAGGCCACGGGGGUCGUUCCCAGCCGCCACCUCUGGCCACCGUCUAUGACAGGGAUGAAGCCAUGAGCACCAUCAGCAGCGUGUCCCAGCAAGGCCGCCGCCGCGACGACAGCCCGCGUCACGGUGGAGGAUACAUGGGGGAUCGUGUACGCGCUCGCUCCAUGGACAACCUCGACGACAUCGGACGGCGCUACGGCCGCGAUGACCACCCACCACAAAGGCGGCCGGAUGAGUUCAGAGGCAGGAGAGGCUCUGAUGACGGGUGGAGCAGUAGCGCCCGCAGCGGCAACAGUCGUGACAUUGAUGACCGCAGGCGUCGUGACCCCUCCCCCGAGGACCGUCGGAGAGGAGAUGAAGGGGGCUACGGGGGCCUCCCAGGGAGACGAAGCCGCAGCCGUGACGACCUGAUGGCCCUGGAUAGGGAUCGCCAGCACGGCGCCGAUGCCAGGGGCAGGCGAGAUGAUUAUGACGACAGCUUCCUGCGAGAAGCCAUGGAGAGGAAGAGGAUGGGCGAGCAGCAGAGGGCACGCAGCCGGGAGCGUCUAGACAGCGAGAGCGACCGCCGCUCGGAUCGGGGGAGGGCUCCACGUGGGCCCCCGCCUCUUCCUCAUGCCCCACCCUCCGGAAACCCCGGCCGCCGUGACGACUACCCACCUCCGCCACCACCACCGUACAGUGAAGAUGAAAGUGUGUCAUCUUCAAAGAAAAGUAACCUCCGCAAGAAUGGAGCUGUGAGUCGUGAGAGCCUAGUGGUGUGAAAGCAACCAUGACGUGAGCAACCUGUCCAGUGAUGCAGCUUUGGACCAGUUAAAGACUGUAAAUAUUAGUCGCACUGCUAACACGCCAUGCUGAUUUUGUUUUUAUUGCAUCAUUCACAGUAUGUGUAUGUAUACAGGGAAGAGGUGCACAGAUUAAAUGUUUUGUGCCUCUUCAUGUAUAAAACAUUGUGGCUGCCACAAGUGCCUUAUAAAGUGUACAGAACUGUACUUAGAUGUGAAAGUCAAGUUGUUAAACAAUUCUCUGUGAAGGUGUUUGCAGCUUGACAACGAAACAUCCUCCAAUUGGUUGAAACCUUGUUUUGCUUCAGUCACCUUCAUGCAGGUACUGAUGUAGAUUUGUACGGGUCUAAAUAUUCUUCUGGCUUUGCUUUGUUUUUAUAAGAAAAUCUUUGUACAUUUAAAGGAAUUAGGUUUAUCUUUUGCUUUUUGCUUUUAGUUGUGUUUGAGUGUGCUGAAUGUAUUUAGAAACGUGGUCAACAAUAUGUAUUUGAGUUUUCACAUUUAAUUUUUUUUAAGUUCAAUAUUUCCUUUUAACUUGCAGUAUGUUGUACAGCCGACCAGUAAUACAGUCUGAAAACGCAAAUGAUUAUUGUGAAGCAAUGAAACCUAAUUUUACAAUAAAGGUCCCUAUUGCCAGCCCACAUAUUUGACUUCCAGAGUGUUACCACUAGAUGGCACCAUCUGUCAGUAAGUAGAUGCGUUUCUCCGGAUCUUGGGAUCACAACAUUGCUGUUGGAUGUGGAACUGCACGCUUUUAAAGACUAAAAGCAAGUUUGUUUGCUGAUGAAUUACUGAGACACAGAGGAGGUUCUCAUUGUUCAUUAUUGGAAGUUCACUGAAACAAUCUCGGCAUAAGAAAUCUUUGAUACAGACUUAAUUUCAUGAAAACAAGGGGAUUUAUUGAGACGGUAUUGUUUUACUAAUUUUUUCACAUACUGUAUGUUAAUAGUUUAGCCAUUCAGAUUGUAGUUGCUCAAAUGGGAUUUUACAAAAAAUAAUACUAUUUAGAUGGUGGUAUGACAGUGUUUAGAUGGUAGUGCUGCUACUCUAUAUAACAUAAGCAGCUGGUAAGAUUUCAGUGUUUGUCCUUUUGAAGUGACCCAGGCUGGACACUGGUGUCCUGUAUCCAUUAAUUACUUAACAGGCAGGAAUUCUUUCAUUUAUUUAAUUUGCAAUACAGCCUUGCAAAAGUGAAGUGCGUUUUUAUAUUGCAAUUGUGUUAUUUCUUAGAUUUCUGGAGGCUUUAUUUUGAAUUGCACAUUUCUCAUAACAUGUUCAAAGUGGGACUGGAAGACCUCCAAUGCUCAUGAGGAAAUCACAGUGUAAUUGU